GCCUGACUGGAAUGAGGGUAGCUGCGGCGACUGCGGCGGCGGGAGUGGGGCCGGCCAUGGCGGUGUGGACGCGGGCCACCAAAGCGGGGCUGGUGGAGCUGCUCCUGAGGGAGCGCUGGGUCCGAGUGGUGGCCGAGCUGAGCGGGGAGAGCCUGAGCCUGACGGGCGACGCCGGGGCGGCUGAGUCUGAGCCCGCUCUCGGGCCCGCGGCGGCCGCCUUCAACGGCCUCCCGAACGGCGGUGGCGCCGGCGACUCGCUGCCCGGGAGCCCGAGCCGCGGCCUGGGGCCCCCGAGUCCACCCGCGCCGCCGCGGAGCCCGGCGGGCGAGGCGGGCGCGUCACCGCCGGUGCGCCGCGUCCGUGUGGUGAAGCAGGAGGCGGGCGGCCUGGGCAUCAGCAUCAAGGGCGGCCGCGAGAACCGGAUGCCGAUCCUCAUCUCCAAGAUCUUCCCGGGACUGGCGGCCGACCAGAGCCGGGCGCUGCGGCUGGGCGACGCCAUCCUGUCGGUGAACGGCACCGACCUGCGCCAGGCCACCCACGACCAGGCCGUGCAGGCGCUGAAGCGCGCGGGCAAGGAGGUGCUGCUGGAGGUUAAAUUCAUCCGAGAAGUAACGCCAUAUAUCAAGAAGCCAUCAUUGGUGUCAGAUCUGCCCUGGGAAGGUGCCGCUCCCCAGUCACCCAGCUUUAGUGGCAGUGAAGACUCUGGUUCUCCAAAACACCAGAACAGCACCAAGGACAGGAAGGUCAUCCCGCUCAAAAUGUGCUUUGCUGCUAGAAACUUAAGCAUGCCGGACCUGGAGAACAGAUUGAUAGAGCUCCAUUCUCCUGAUAGCAGGAACACUUUGAUCCUCCGUUGCAAGGAUACAGCCACAGCACACUCCUGGUUCGUAGCUAUCCACACCAACAUAAUGGCUCUCCUCCCACAGGUGUUGGCUGAACUCAAUGCCAUGCUUGGUGCAACCAGUACAGCGGGAGGCAGCAAGGAGGUUAAGCACAUUGCCUGGCUGGCAGAACAGGCAAAGCUAGAUGGUGGAAGGCAGCAGUGGAGACCUGUCCUCAUGGCCGUGACUGAGAAGGACCUGCUGCUUUAUGACUGUAUGCCAUGGACCAGGGAUGCCUGGGCAUCACCAUGUCAUAGCUACCCUCUUGUUGCCACAAGGCUGGUUCAUUCUGGCUCUGGGUGUCGCUCACCCUCCCUUGGAUCUGACCUGACGUUCGCCACCAGGACAGGCUCUCGGCAGGGCAUCGAGAUGCAUCUCUUCAGGGUGGAGACACAUCGGGAUCUGUCCACUUGGACCCGAAUACUCGUUCAGGGCUGCCAUGCAGCUGCUGAGUUGAUCAAGGAAGUCUCUCUAGGCUGCACAUUAAAUGGCCAAGAGGUGAGACUCACCAUCCACUAUGAAAGUGGGUUCACUGUCUCCAGGGAAAACGGAGGUUCCAGUAGCAUCUUAUACCGCUACCCCUUCGAAAGGCUGAAAAUGUCUGCUGAUGAUGGCAUCAGAAAUCUGUAUCUGGAUUUUGGUGGUCCCGAAGGAGAACUGACCAUGGACCUGCACUCCUGUCCGAAGCCGAUUGUAUUUGUGUUGCACACAUUCUUGUCGGCCAAAGUCACUCGCAUGGGACUGCUUGUAUGAGCAGCAAAAAAAAAAAAAAUCAGUUAAAGAGCCUUGAAUGUCAUAAGAAGUAUUUACACCUCAAAAAAAAAAAAAAAAAAAAAAGCACAAAAAGAAAGCUCUUUGCUCUCUCCUCCAGCACAGUGCCUUGACAAGGACCUGCAAAUCACUGCUGAACUGUAACCAUGUUUAAAGAAGAGCUUGCCUUUUACAAGCCACCUUGGCCGGAAAUUCUAGGACUCUAAUAAGCUCCAAAAUGAAUCUGUUAAUUUAUUGUCUAGUCUCCUAAUGUGGUUUUUAAGUAAUUAGGUUUAUUUCCCUUGUUAAGAAGGGUGGCUCAUUCUUUUUCACUUUGGGCAUAAUCAAACAUCUAAGCGUUUUCUUCUUCUCCUCCUUCCAGUAGAAUUUGUUUCAAGCUUAGCCUUGACCACUUGCUUAGA